GUUUGCAUCGGCUAACCAAUUCGUCGGUUGUAACCUUAGGUGAGGCGUAAAUUUGGCCACUUCUUGCAAGUAACUGAUUUUUGUGAUGCCACAUGCCACAGCCGUUUGCUCCAUACAUGGCUGGAAUUGAGGAACGCACCUUCAUUGCUAUCAAACCCGACGGCGUACAACGGGGGCUUGUUGGAGAGAUCAUCAAACGUUUCGAGCAGAAGGGAUUCAAACUCGUUGGCAUGAAAUUGCUCCACGCAUCUGAAGAACUCUUGCAGGAGCACUACAGUGAGCAUAAGGACAGACCGUUCUAUGCUGGCUUGGUCGAUUUCAUGCACUCUGGUCCUGUUGUCGCAAUGGUUUGGGAAGGCCUUAAUGUUGUUAAGACUGGUAGAGUUAUGCUGGGUGAGACAAACCCGGCAGACUCUAAACCUGGCACCAUCCGUGGUGACUUCUGUAUUCUAGUUAGCAGAAACAUCAUCCAUGGGAGUGAUUCUGUUGAGAGUGCAAACACAGAGAUUGGCCGGUGGUUCCAGCCUGAAGAGCUUGUGUCAUAUCAGAAGUGUGCAGACUGUUGGAUCUAUGGCUAAGUGUUUACCCAUGUUAUUCUGGUAUUUGUCUAUAGAAAGUGGGACCCAUAACACCCUGCUCCAGCUAUACCGCUUUAGUAGAAAAUGUUUAAGAUGUAACAGGCAUUGUGACCACCGUGGGCCUUCACCAGGUCUCAGACCUGCUUUGGUUCUAGCAUUUCUACCCAAUCAGAUUAUUGUAAGCAAACGUUGUAUUUUUACAGUUUCAUGAACUCUCCAA